AUGAGCUCGGUGCGGGUCGACAGCCAUCAGCCGUGCUGCGGCCUGGCGGCAGCCUCUUCCGACCCGCCGUCGCCCGUCGCCGCCGCCGCUGAGGUGGGCAGCAGCAGUGGGACCGGCGCCGCUGGUGGCUGCUCGCCGAUGCCACGGGUGUGCGGCGUCCGCUUUGGCUCCGUCGACGUGCUUUACCACAGCGUACAUCUCGACGACUCAAAGCUGCCGAGCGACGGCCUCGCACCGCUCGGACUCGGAGAGCUGCAGCGGCGGGAGCAUCUGCAGGUGGACAGCUUCGAGCGGCAGCGGUGCGGGCAGCGCUGCGACGGCGGGGCGAUGGUGAUCCCGCCUGCCGAGAGGGCCUCGCUGGCCGGCAUGAAGCGGCAGGCCUCCCUCGAGGCGAUCGAAAAGGUGAACGAGCAGCUGCGGCUGGAGCGAGCGAGUUCGGUCCGCGAGUUCAUCCAGGCAAACUCUCUCCCGCGCACAAGCCCCCCCCCCUACCCCCGGCUCGACAACCUCUCCCUGGUCCGCGUCCUCCUCCGCUCGGGCGUAGAGGCCGCACCGCCCCCGCCGCCGAGCCGCCCGUCCUCGCGGGAGCCGCAGCCCGCGCCGCCGCCGCUCGGCUCGCCGCCGCUCGGCUCGCCGUUUGGCUCCGCGGCGCGCAUCGCUCCCGUCGCCGCGGUGGGCGGCGGGGCGGAGCUCGAUGUCUGCGCCGCCGCCGCCCCGGCCGCCGGCCCCGUUGCGUUUCGCGCAGAGAGUGGCGACGCCGCGGAGAGGGCGGCGGAGGCGUUGGCCGCCGCUGCCUCGACCGAGGUGUGA